AUUCUUGGGUUGAUUUUCUUGAGAUGCUGUGCUCGGAUCUCUCCUUUCGUUAAUGCGAUUAUUGCCAAGAUUCAAAGUCUGUACAAGAAGAGAACGCGCGCGCGAGAGAGAGAGACUUUUCUCGGCAGACUCGCAAGGAGUAUGAGCAAGAGACUCACGUACUUUAGUCUCAUUUUGAGUGAGAUACUGAAAGAGAGUGACUUCUUUCUCAAUGUGUGCUAGAUAGAAUUUUUCCUGAGGACUUGUGGUGAAUUAUCAGCUGUGUAGAGUGUGAAAAGGACUCACUGAGGAAGAUUAGAAUUGUACAGUGGAGAAGGAGUGCGUCUGAGUGGGGGAAAUGUGGAGGAAAAUUGGAUGAAUUUCUGAGAGAGUGCAUGAAAGUGAGGAAAAAUGGUGUUGUUUAUAGAAGGAGGGAAAUUCUAGAAGUGAUUUUCACCCAUCGACGCUCUACUGGAGGAGAAUAAAAGUCUCGUCUGGGCGAAAGCAAACUGAUAAAAUGUUCAAUCGUGUGUGCCUCAGUGAGUGCUAAGGAGGAUAAAAUGUAGGGAAGAAAAAAAAGAAGAACAGGCAAAGGAGAAAAUGAUAUAACGCGCAGAAAUCAUAAAGAAUUUCUUACCUUCUUCGCACAAUCCGGUCUGCAAAUGCGGAAAAGUUGUGGGCAACUUUAUUGAAUUUAAACACUCAUGAUGUGUGCUGCAAUUGCAUCAAAGUUGAGAUUUAUUUUCUUUUAUCUUCACCGUGCAUAAGCUUUCAUUGCAAAAGAGCAAAGAAAGAGCGAUAUAGAGAGACACACAAGUAUUUAAUUGUACUGUUGCUGUAUAUAUAUAUAUAUAUGUUGUGAAUUGUGCGGGCAAUAAUAAUUGUGUGUAGGAAAAUUGAGGAACAAGUUGUGACGAGAGAGUUGAACCUGAAUAAAAAAAAGUCACACAUAAUUAGAAUUGAGAGACUCUGCGUGCGUUAUAUGAAAUCAUCGAAAAUGGCCAAUCGAAGUGAGAAUUGCAAUUACUACAGCGAAGAUUUGAAUUUUGGCUCGAAUCGCUUCCUGUUCAAUUCCCAAUUUGCGCUACCAUCACAAUUUCGAGGAGAGAGACAUCAAUUGUACUUGACAGCGACAAUGGAGACGGAUGAUGUUGAGUCGUCCAGCAGCAGUACAAUGUCGAGUCUCAAUAGUCUGUUCUCGUUCACGAGUCCGGCGGUGAAGAAGCUGCUGGGCUGGAAGCAGGGCGACGAAGAGGAGAAGUGGGCCGAGAAGGCGGUUGAUAGUUUAGUGAAGAAGCUGAAGAAGCGCAAGGGUGCCAUUGAGGAGCUCGAGAGGGCGCUAUCAUGUCCUGGACAGCCAUCAAAGUGUGUCACAAUUCCACGAUCACUGGACGGACGAUUGCAGGUGUCGCAUCGCAAAGGAUUGCCGCAUGUUAUCUAUUGUCGCGUGUGGCGAUGGCCGGAUCUGCAGAGUCAUCACGAGCUGAAGCCACUGGAGACGUGUCAAUAUCCGUUCAGUGCGAAGCAGAAGGAGGUGUGCAUCAAUCCGUAUCACUACAAGAGGGUCGAGAGUCCUGUGUUGCCACCGGUUCUUGUGCCGCGACACUCGGAAUUUGCGCCGGGACACUCGAUGUUGCCAUUUCAGUCGAUGGCAGAGCCCACGAUGCCCCACAAUGUGAGCUACUCCAGCACUGGCUUCACGUCUCACAUCAGUCCCAACAGUCCGCUGUCGUCGGUGUCGAGUCCGGGUUCGGUCAAUUCAAAUCCCACCAGUCCGUACGGUUCGCUGCCCGAGACGCCGCCGCCUGCGUACAGCCCACCUGAAGAUGCCAACAGCAACAACCCGACGGACUCGUCGAUGGACAUCCAGAUGGGCGAGGUGGCGCCGGUGCGCUAUCAGGAGCCGCCGUUCUGGGCGAGUAUUGCCUACUAUGAGCUCAAUUGCCGGGUCGGUGAGGUGUUCCACUGCCUGGCGCCCACCAAUCAGACAUCCCACUCAGUCAUAGUUGAUGGAUUCACCAAUCCAGCCAACAACAGCCAGCGCUUCUGCCUGGGACAGCUCAGCAAUGUGAAUCGCAAUAGUACAAUUGAGAACACACGACGUCACAUUGGCAAGGGGGUGCAUCUGUGCUAUGUGGGCGGCGAGGUGUAUGCCGAGUGUCUGUCGGACACGGCGAUAUUUGUACAAAGUCGCAAUUGCAACCACCAUCAUGGCUUUCACCCAAGCACCGUGUGCAAAAUCCCACCCGGAUGCUCGCUCAAGAUCUUCAACAAUCAAGAAUUCGCUCAGCUCCUCUCGCAGUCUGUCAAUCAUGGCUUCGAGGCGGUGUACGAACUCACGAAGAUGUGCACAAUCCGGAUGAGCUUCGUGAAGGGCUGGGGUGCUGAGUAUCAUCGUCAGGAUGUCACAUCGACGCCCUGCUGGAUUGAGAUUCACCUCCACGGGCCACUGCAGUGGCUGGACAAGGUUCUCACGCAGAUGGGCUCACCUCACAAUGCCAUAAGUUCGGUUUCUUAAGCGACUGGAGAAGAGUGAGAGAGAGAGAGAGAGAGAGAGAGAGAGUGAGAAGAAGAGAGAGCCCAGAGUGAGAAUAAUGAAAGAAACCCCUUAUCAUUUUUACUGUAUACAUUUCUCUAAUAUUAGACAGUAAAUCGCGCCUCCUUAUUUUUUUUUCUCUUCUCAGAAAGAAGAGAGGAUUCGUUUGAAAAGAAAUCUAAUGAAUGAUUUCUUUUACUGUUCUUCGAUGGCCUUUUUAUUUGAUGAUUAUUUUUUUGCGUUAUACUUGAUGGAAAUUUUAUGAUUAUUUUCUUUUAUUAUUCAAUCUUUUUUAGCUAUUAAGAAGUUACUAUAAUUUGUAAUGUGAAGAUUAUGCAACAACAACAACAAAAAAACGUGAAAUUACUUGAGUUAAGUUUAUUGCUAAAUUUACAAACAACAAAACAAUCUUUUUUUUUUAGUUGAUAACUCUUAACUUUGGAGAUAUUUAAAUGUAAUAUUAGAAAGCAGCUACAAAGGUAGAAAAAAAAGAAAUGUUUGGGAGAAAAAAAAGAAAAAUUUCAGAAAGAGAGAAAAUUGAACAAUUCUUGAAAAGUGUCAGAGGUUUUAUGUAAAUCUAUGAGAAUCGGUUUUAAAUCGCAUUCGGAGACUCUCUGGUGAAAGUGUUGGAAGUUUUCGUUUUUGCUCAUGAAUUGUGUUCUUCCUUCUGGUGGAAAACGGUUCAAUUGACUUCUGAUGCUGGAUUUCUUAAGCAGAAAGUCUCCAUUUGUGAUCAUGAGAGGUAUAAUUUUCUCAUUUAUUAAUGUUCUAAUUGAUAACAAUCCCUAAGGAAACGUUUUAACUAUAAACUAAUUGUAAUGAAAGUAGUAAUCUUGUUUAAUAAUGAAUUAAUCCAUUAUAGUGGAAUAAUAUGAUUGAAAAGAAAAUAUACUCUCGCCCCCCUUCAUCUUCCCUCACCUACUCUUUGGUAUUUAAGUUUAAUGAAAGCAAAAAUAAUGUAACAUUAAAGAAUAUUUGCUGCAUUUGUGAAAGAAUAAUAACUGGCUUCAUUGUGAGUUGAUAGUGCGCGAGCUUCGAUGCUUAAAAUCAUUUUGAUUGUGGCAUAAUUUUUGCUUAAUCGUGCAAUUUUUCUCCCCCUUUUUAAAAGAAUCUUUAAACAAAAGAAGAAGAAGUUUAAGAAAGUGAGAGUAAUUUGUUAGUGAUUUGAUGGUAGUGAGUGUGAUUUUAUUGGCCUCACAAUCAAUUUGGUGUGUCUUAUAUUAUAAAAAAGAAUUGAAAACAGAAUUAAAUAAAAAGAAAUUUACUCAAGAAGGCCUUUGACAAGUGACCGAUUAAAAAAAUAUUAUGUAAAAUUGAAGAAAAACUUUUACUAUAGAAAAGUUUUACAGGAUUUCAAAAAAUUCCGCUGCCUGGAUUUUAGAUAUUCCAGUGCCUUUGAAAAGAAGUUUCUUUGAAAAGAAAGUUUGUGCCGUUCAAAAAAAAAGAAGUAUUAUUAUGAAAUUGAAUUGAAUUGAAAAAAAUAUUUACAACAAUUUUGAGGAGAAAUGCCAUUUGAUGAGAAUAAAUUGUAGAAUGAAGAAGAAUUGUUUAAGGACGUAGUGAAGCUUUUUGCGUAAGAAUAUAAGAAGAAAACAAUGUUUGAAA